ACAGUGGUGCAGUUGCAGACUUUGUCCACUAGGUGUCGCUCUUCACUGAUGUAAACAUGAGCUCGUGACCUGCGCGCGGCUGCUGUAACAAGUUAAAGGAGCUAAUCCGGCAUGAAGCGAGUGUAAAGUCAUAUUUCUGCUGUGUGUUAGAGCUCGAAACACUCUAGGAAUAAUGUACAUAUUACUUUGACGGUGCACACGAAAACCUAAAGAUGGACAAGGAGCGUGAGCCGUCACAGGGGAGACAGAGGAGGGAGCAACUGACAGCGCCGUCAGCCACUGUAAUUUUACCAAACCCAUACAAGUCCAGUCCAAGUUUAAGAGGGAAUCAUUCAUUGCGGGGAUCAGCAGCUACUGACAAUUCAAGUUUGGGAAAACAUGGAUAUAACAAACCAGUAAUUAAAGUGAACACCAUUCGGCACAAAACUGAGACCACUGGGGAUCUACAAACUAAGACAUCAAUGGGGAACCCUAAAAGUCCUGGGCAUGGGAGAAAGGAUAUGAAGAGAAGAGGAAGGGAGAUGCCAGAAACUACAUUUGAAGUGAAAAUGGAUGAGUUCCCAGAGUUAAGUGGCAUCUUUGUGGACCAAGGAGACCCCCGUUUCCAGAGACAUUGCUGGGGACCUCCUACUCAAAAUUUGGAAGAACAUUCAGAUAAGGUGAACAAAAAUGCACCAGUAGCAAAUUAUAAGCCACCAGCAAAGUAUAAGUUUCCACAGACUGAAGUAAUUCCCAAUUCAUCAGGAAAUGCAAUGGCUCAAGAGAGUAUCCCUGGUUCUGUUACAAGCUCCUGGGCUAAUAUUGCCUCUCAACCUCCCAAAAAGCCAGUUCUGAAAGAUAAAGCCAAGCCUGCGCAGGCUGAUGAAGUCGUACAGGAAGAGGAGGAAGUCAACACAGGCAAGAAAAAGCGAAAGAAGAAAAAGAAGAAAUCAAAAGAUGCAGAUGAAGACAUGGAAACUGGAUCUGAUAAAAAUGUAUUGUAUCAGGACCCUCCGAGGUUUGAGGAUGAAGAGGAGUUUCCUGGCCUAACACCUUCUUUUACUGGAACAGAAAAGUUAUUUAUCAGAAGCAAAACAGCACAUCUAUGCAACAAUGAAAACCAAAGACAAAGCAUCCAGCAACAGCCUAUGAAUCAGAAAAAGGACAAAACCCAAAAUACAAAGGCUCCUUUUACAGAGGCCCCAAAAGUACAGAAAGCGGAGAAGGUUUCAGGUAAGAAGAGCAAAGUGCCCGUUCAGCUUGACAUUGGAAACAUGCUGGCAGUUCUAGAAAAGAAACAAUCUCAAAAAGCCAAGCAGGACACGAAGCCUCUCACACUCUCAGUUGGUGGAGGUUUGCCUGUGGUACCUAAGCAACCGCCUGUGCAGAAGAAACCUGUUAUACAAGGAAAAAUCGCACACAAUCCUCUUGACUCCACGAGCCCAUUGGUCAAGAAAGGAAAGCAGAGGGAAGUGCCAAAAGCAAAGAAACCUACUGCUCUGAAAAAGGUAAUUUUGAAGGAGCGCGAGGAGAGGAAGCAGAGGCGAUUGCUCGAGGAGAGAGGUGAACUGCCUGAAAGCGAGUCCGUACACGCAGAGGCGGAGGAGGAAGACUGUGAAACAAGUGCCGCAGAUGAAGUGCUCAGUCCUACAGAAGAACUUGGUGAUCAAAUGGAGAUCAAUGAUGAUGAGGAGGAGGAGAAAGUGGAACAUGAGGAACCUCCCCAAGAACUGACCACUUCACCAACAACAAUAAUCACCCCCAUGGAUACACCUAAAAUCCACAGCAGAAAGUUCCGGGAAUAUUGCACUCAAAUGCUCAGCAAAGAAGUGGAUGAAUGUGUGACAACACUUCUGAAGGAACUUGUGCGCUUCCAGGAUCGUCUGUAUCAAAAAGACCCAAUGAAGGCUCGUAUGAAAAGGAGAAUCGUCAUGGGUCUACGAGAAGUGCUCAAACACCUGAAACUCAGGAAGGUCAAAUGUGUCAUCAUUUCACCCAACUGUGAGCGCAGCCAGGCCAAAGGAGGCUUGGAUGAGGCUCUACACACCAUCAUUCAUACCUGUCGUGAACAGGACGUGCCCUUUAUCUUCGCUUUGUCCAGAAAAGCUUUGGGUCGCUGUGUUAACAAGGCCGUGCCAGUGAGUCUAGUUGGUAUCUUCAACUUUGAUGGUGCACAGGACAUUUAUCAUAAAAUGAUAGAAUUAUCUUCUGAGGCCAGAAAAGCAUAUGAAGCAAUGCUUUUGAGCCUGGAGCAGACAGAGCCGGAGACCUCAGCAGAAACAGAACAGCCGUUUGUGUCAGAGCAGAUACAAACCGGUCUAAACGGCACCCUGUCCGAGGAGCCUGAGUACAUAAAACUAUGGAAGAAAUUAUUGGAAAAGGAAAACCAUGCAUAUAUGAAUUUUGAGGAGCAGCUGAGCUCUAUGUGCUUGGACAGUGAAUGCACAGAACACGAUGACGACGGCGCGAGCUGACGGCUGCGAAGCGU